AACAUUUGUUCAGAUUGCUGAGCUUCUAAUCGGAGCUUGCCAUUAAUAGAUCAGAGCUUAAUCUGUGAGGUAUUGAGAGGUCUGGCCAGAAUAAUCGUUUAGCAUAGAAAUGAUUUUGGAGGUCCUGAUAUCAGUUCCAUUGCUUGUUUUUCUAACUUGCAAGUUGUGGUCGCACUUCAAUCAGAGUUACUUCCUCUUAAGUCUCUGUAAGCGAAUUCGAACUGAAGAUGGUAGUCCACUGGAAGACAAGAUUUACGUAACACAAACCAAAACCCGAUUCGGAAACAACUUUGACCUCCUAAGCUUUACAUCUGUCAGCAUUUUUAACUUCAUGAGAGAUGCUUGUGCCCAGGCUAAAGGACGGAAUUAUCUUUGGUAUUUCUUUCAUGCACCAAUGUAUAAUGUCGUUCGGGCCGAAGAAGCAGAGGAAAUAUUCCAGAGCCCCAAGCUGAUCACUAAAAAUGUGAUAUACGAUCUGUUGAAACCUUUUUUAAGAGAAGGCCUAUUGACCAGCACAGAUCAAAAAUGGCACUCUAGACGGAAGGCCCUGACUCCUGCUUUCCAUUUUAAUGUUUUGCAAUCGUUUCUGACUAUAUUCAAGGAAGAGUGCAAUAAGCUUACAAAAGUCCUCAAUCAAAGCGUGAAUGAGGAAUUAGAGCUUAAUCAGGUCAUUCCUCAGUUCACUUUAAAUAAUGUUUGCGAAACUGCACUGGGUGUGAAAUUAGAUGACAUGACGGAGGGCUUACGAUAUCGCCAAUCGAUUCAUGCCAUAGAAGAGGUCAUGCAGCAACGGUUAUGCAAUCCCUUUUUUUAUAACAUAGUGUAUUUCUAUCUCUUCGGAGACUAUAGAAAGCAGGUGGAUAAUCUAAAGAUAGCCCACGACUUCUCCAGUCGGAUCAUCGAGAAAAGGAGAACUCUGUUCAGGAGUAAGCAACUCAGCCAAUCGGAUGACUUUGGCAAAAAGCAGCGAUAUGCGAUGUUGGAUACCCUUUUGGCAGCCGAAGCAGAGGGUCAGAUCGAUCAUGAAGGAAUUUGCGAUGAGGUCAACACUUUUAUGUUUGAGGGAUACGACACCACCUCCACCUGCCUAAUCUUUACUCUACUGAUGUUGGCUCUUCAUAAGGAUGUCCAAGACCGAUGCUUUGAAGAGGUGGAAAGCCUUCACGAGGAAAGCGAUGAGAUUAGUGUGUUCCAGUACAACGAACUUGUAUAUUUGGAGUGUGUGAUCAAGGAGUCGCUGAGAAUGUUUCCCUCUGUGCCCUUCAUUGGACGGAGAUGCAUGGAAGAGUGUGUGGUGAAUGGUUUAGUCAUGCCCAAGGAUACCCAAAUAAACGUACACAUCUUUGACAUAAUGAGGGAUCCCCGUCAUUUCCCAAAUCCGAAUACUUUUCAACCAGAUCGAUUUUUGCCGGAGAACACCGUGAAUCGUCAUCCUUUCGCCUUUGUACCCUUUAGUGCAGGACAAAGGAAUUGCAUAGGACAGAAGUUUGCGAUUCUGGAGAUCAAAGUACUCUUGGCGGCGGUGAUCAGAAAUUUUAGAAUAUUACCCAUAACUUUUCUAAACGACAUUACAUUUGAAAAUGGAAUUGUUCUGCGAACGCAACAAAACGUUAAGGUUAAAUUGCUGCUAAGGAAACAAGAGUAAUAACUAAAUUGCAAAUAAGCUGCAAAUUCAACCUGUAGAGCAAACCCAGUAAAACCAUAGCGUUUUACGAUUAUAAUUCACUUCUAUUUCUUUCACUUGAUUGUUUUAUAAGACAACCCUAAACACAAUGCUGAAAAUAAAGAAACUAUAACAUAUUUUGAUAACAA